AUGGCGGCGACUGGUAGUAAACGUGUCAUGAAGACUGCCGUUAACUGGAAGGAACUGACGGAUAAGCUAACACCAAAGCAUGCGACCGAAAUUUCUGCGGUCAAGGUCAGUCAGUCUCUCUUCCAACAUUUUCUCUCUUUGAUGGGUCAGUACGGUCAUUUCUUCGGAAUGGUCGUCGUAAAACCAGCCGAUUUGCCCAAGUACGAUUUUGCCGCAUUGAAGAAGCAAAUGCCCGCACAUGCAUCCACUCUAGAUUCACUUCAAAAGCAGUACGAAUCACUUAAAAUUCCGUACGGCACAAUUCCAGCUGCUUACCAAAAGGAGAUCGAUGAAUGGAUUGAGUACAAUAACGAACGUAUUAAGCUACACGAAAUGAAAGCAGCCGAUGGCGCUGUUGAAGCUAAAAAGGUGGAAGAGAAAUGGGCCGCAGCACCACCAGUUGAGCACUUUAGUCGUGAGCAUUUUGUUGAGUAUUUCCCACAACAAUUCUACGAUUUACGCUAUCAAGAACGAGUGCCGGACCCGUGCGAGAUCGGUCUGAACGAUACGGACAUUAUCCAACAACGUUUCAAAGACUAUAAAGUGUUGCGAAGACCGACCAAAGAAGAAGGUCAUUAG